GGACUAAAUCAGGCUAAAAUGGGCAAAACCCAUCAGCCUAUUAACGCUUCACCCACCAGCUCGACCGGGUCAAAUGGACCAAACCGAGUUGACAACCUUGAUUAUCAUUCUAAUAACAAAUAAAGUGUUACUAGGGGUGGGCAUCCGGUUCAGUAAACCCGAACCGAAGCGAAACCAAUAUACUACUAUUCGGUUCGGAGAUCGGAAGGAAAAAAACCAUAGUUCGGAAUACAGGGUAUGCACAUCCGAACCCGAAAUUCCAACAACCGACCGAAUAACCGAACUACCUCAACCUUGCCCCUCAUCAGCCAUCCAACGACUUCCUCUGCGACAUCCAACAACAUCCGCCGCCACAGGUCCAAUAUUCCAUCUCGGGGAAUCUGUAGAGGGUGGAGAUUCAGAGAAGGUGAAUCUGGUGACUUCCUCGGCGGACUCCAACAGCACCCGCCGGCACUCGUCCAAUCUUCCUCCUCCGCCUGCUCCUUGCGGCCAAAUCCACCCUCCUCGAAUCCACCUGCUCCUCCCUACAAAACCCAGCCUCCUCGAAUCCACCUACUCUUCCCGACGAAAUCCAGAGACUCCACCUACUCCAUCAGCGAGCAAGCGGGCAGCAACGGAAGUAACAUCAAUGUCGGCAAAAAAGAAGAAGAUGAAAAGGGAAAGCUUGAAUUUUGAGGGAGAAUACUAAAAACCUAGGCGGUUCCGCCUCCUAUAUCUCUCGCCAUCCACCAAAAUGAGGCAGCCAGGACCGGCCCAAAAUGCAACAUCCCAGUCCCAGCAACGACACAAUCCAACUUGUCGGUUUUUGUCACAAACCCAAACCGAACCGAGUUAUAAUUCGGUUCGACCAAAUUGAAUCGAAUUUUAAUUUGGUUCAAAUUCGAUCAGCCACGUGAGAGGAAGCGGAACCUUGAUAGUACUCUAUUUUGUUCGAUUCAAACCGAAUCGACCGAAUGCCUAAUGCCGACACUGUUACUACUUACUAUGGUAAUAAUGUAGAAUUCUCUUC